AUGAAUGAAAUGGAAUUUGCUCUGUUCAUUUUUCAGUUUUUCACAGCAACAUUUGCCAUAGAAGCAUCAUUCAAGUUAAUAGCACUGAGCCCAAAGUAUUAUUUCAAAGAAGGAUGGAACAUCUUUGAUUUUUUAAUUGUGGUACUCUCUCUAGUCGAACUGUUUGGAGAAAACGUAGCUUUGCCUGGACUGUCCGUUCUGAGGUCAUUUCGUUUGCUUCGUGUAUUCAAACUUGCAAAAUCUUGGCCUACACUCAAUUUGUUAAUUUCUAUAAUGGGAAAAACUGUGGGUGCCUUGGGAAACCUAACUUUUGUGUUAGGUAUCAUAAUUUUUAUAUUUGCUGUUAUGGGUAUGCAGUUGUUUGGUGAACACUAUGAAAAUAAUAAAGACAGGUUUCCUAAUAAAACUAUACCACGUUGGCAUUUUGGUGAUUUUUUACAUUCGUUUAUGAUCGUGUUUCGUGUUUUAUGUGGAGAGUGGAUAGAAUCGAUGUGGGGAUGCAUGCUUGUUGCAGAAUGGCCGUGCGUUCCAUUUUUUUUAUCUACAGUUAUAAUUGGCAACUUAGUGGUGCUGAAUUUAUUUCUUGCCUUGCUUUUGUCCUCCUUUGGUGCCUCAAAUCUUUCCCAGGCUUCACCAGAAAGUGCUGAUACAAAGAAACUGCAAGAAGCUUUCGAGCGAAUAGGAAGAGCUAUCAAUUGGGUAAAAGCAUGCUUCUUACAAAUCCUAAAGUAUGACAGGAAUAUGUGUCUUCAAGCUAGUCCUGUUGAUGAUUCAACUAAAGGAUCCCUGAGGGGUGUUCAGGUGGUUCACAGAAGAGUUGAAAUCAGUGUAAAGGAGGAGAGGCUGAGACAACUCCGGAUAGAUAAGUUUAAUCAAAUGGAGAAAAACUUGGGAAAACAACAGGCUAUUUUUAAAAAUCAAGCUAUUUUAUCAAAUACGGCAGUAAAGGCUAGUUUUGUUGUCAGUCAAAUACUGGCAAAAAAAAUGAAACCCUUUGCGGAUGGAGAGAUGAUAAAAGAAUGUCUGACUGCUGUUGCAGAAAUAGCAUUUCCUGAUAAAAUAAAUAUUAUUUCAAACAUUAGUUUAUCAAGAUUCACCAUUGCAAGGAGAAUUGAAGACUUGUCCGAGAACAUAGCAACAACGCUUCGUGAACGCAUUGCAAAAUUCGAAUACUGUUCUUUGGCACUUGAUGAGAGUUGCGAUAUUAGCGAUACAGCACAACUGGCUAUAUUUUUACGUGGUAUUGACACCAAAUUUAAUAUUACCGAAGAAUUGUGUUCACUGAUUCCAAUGCAAGGGACUACAACCGGCAAAGACCUGUACGAUGAACUAAAGUCUGUGUUGGAAAAUUUUUCAAUUUCAUUAGAAAAGAUUAUUGGUAUAUCGACAGAUGGAGCACGAGCAAUGUCAAGCAUGGAGGUAGGAGUAUCGGGAAGGCUAUUUCAAGACAUUAAGAAGGUCACAGGAAGGGAAAUAUUCGUUAACCACUGCAUAAUUCACCAGGAAAAUUUGUGUGCGAAAAGAUUGAGUUUGCCAAAUGUCACAGUACCAAUAAUUAAACUAAUCAAUUUUAUAAAGUCGCGCGCGUUAAAUCACCGUGAAUUUAAAGAAUUCCUGAAAGAUUUAGAAACUGAAUAUGGCGACGUGGUUUUUAAUACCGAAGUACGUUGGCUUAGUAGAGGUGCAAUGCUAAAAAGAGUAUACAACUUAAAAAGCGAAAUACAAUUGUUCUUGGAUAUGAAGGGAUAUGCCUUUCCUCAUUUUGGUAAUAAAGAAUGGAUGUGCGAUUUUGGGUUUCUUAUCGACAUGACUCAGCAUCUCAAUGAUCUUAAUGUGGAACUUCAAGGCAAAGGACAGUUUAUUCACAAUUUGUAUGAUAAAAUUCAGGGCUUUGAGCGCAAAUUAAAAUUGUGGAAACAGCAUCUUUUGCAGAAUAAUGUGUCUCACUUUCCACAUUUAGAAAAAGAAAACGUUACUACUUCUCAAAAAUACGCACAAUAUAUAGACAUUUUAAUCAACGAAUUUCAAUUACGAUUCCAAAUGUUCAAAGCUGAGAAGACAGCGGUUUCCAUGAAAAUGUUUUCCUCGCCAUUUAAUAUCGAUGUGGAUACAGUUCCCGAAGACUUUCAAAUGGAAGUGAUUGACAUGCAGAAUAAUACCGAUUUAAAAAAUUCCAACCAAUAUAAUUACAUCGUUGGUCUGGAAUCAGGACAGUUAGUGCUUAGUGCAGGAUUUACCAAAUCGUUGGUUAUUAUCGAUAUGGAAAAGGCGGGCUCCGGGAAUAUGUUUGACUUACGUCCGCCGGUGCCGGGUGAAAGUAAGGUCGGAGGCGUGGAAUACGGGAUGGGCAACGGAAAACGUCCUCCUGUUCUAUGGGUAAAAAUUAUCGACCCGCGGCACCGUCUCGGCAAUUCUUUGUUUUUUAAAGGAAACGGACAAGCCAUACCCAUAAAAAUGGCCAACAACACUAAGACGCUGAUAAAUUCAGCGCACGUAGCCACGAAAGUGGAACUGAAGGAAAAGGAAAAACUCAAAGAGAAAGAUAACAAGGAAAAGGACGAAGUGUACGGAAAAAAGACGUGCAGUCGCAAGGAGGAGGAGGAAGCGGGCUACGAGUCGACCGACAACGUCAAGGAACUGAAGGCCAACGACGAAAAAGAGAUUUCUUUCAACAAACCGUCCAAAGAGGAAAGUCGAAUUUCACUGCCAGAAGCCUCCCAGGAAGAGAAGAAAGACGCCAGCAAAGACGACCUCCAACCAGGAGAAGUCGUCGGAGACCUGGAAGUGCUCAACCAAGAAGUAGAAGUGGAUAAAACUAACGUAGAAAGCGAAGCAUCGGAAGUCAUCAUUUCCGAAUAUCCGGCCGACUGUUUUCCCGAGAAAUGUUACCAACGCUUUCCGUUCUGCGCUGGAAACGAAGAAUCCAAAUUCUGGACUAGAUACACCACUCUGCGCGCCAAGAGCUAUCGACUGGUGGAAAACAAAUACUUCGAAUCCUUGAUCAUUUUUAUGAUAUUGGUCAGCAGCUUGGCAUUGGUGAGUACCUUUCUUUCCUCCACAAAUUCCUCUCCUUUAUUGCCCGUUUCGCUGUUUAAUCUGGCAGUGAGCUUUACAGGAUUAAAUACCGGCUUUCCCGCCUUUAAAACUAUGCGAACUCUGAGAGCUCUCCGCCCGCUUCGUGCGUUGUCACGUCUGGAGGGAAUGAGAGUAGUAGUAAACGCUCUCGUUCAAGCCAUCCCCGCCAUCUUCAACGUUCUUCUCGUGUGCCUCAUCUUCUGGCUGAUCUUCUCCAUCAUGGGCGUUCAGUUAUUCGCCGGCAAGUUUCGCUACUGCGCCGACAGAGACGGCAACCCCUUCAACAGCUCGACCGUGCCUAACAAAAACGUCUGCGUCUCCAACAACUUCACCUGGGCCAAUCCCAAGAUCAACUUCGACAACGUGCUCAACGCCUAUCUGGCUCUGUUUCAAGUGGCCACGUUUAAAGGGUGGAUCGACAUCAUGAACAGCGCCAUCGACACUAGGCAAAACGAGGGAGACCAACCCGAAUACGAGGUCAACCGCUACAUGUACCUGUACUUCGUGCUCUUCAUCAUCAUCGGUUCCUUUUUCACCCUCAACCUCUUCAUCGGAGUCAUCAUCGACAAUUUUAACGAACAGAAGAAAAAGGCAGGAGGCUCUUUGGAAAUGUUUAUGACCGAAGACCAGAAGAAGUACUACAACGCCAUGAAAAAAAUGGGAUCGAAAAAACCCGCCAAGGCCAUUCCCCGACCAAAUUACAAACUGCAGAGCUGGAUCUUCGACCUGGUCACCAACCAGAAGUUCGAUGUGGCCAUUAUGCUGUUCAUCGGACUGAACAUGCUGACCAUGGCUAUGGACCACCACCAACCCUCUCCCACCUUCGAGACGGUUCUGGAACGACUCAAUCUAUUCUUCAUUGCCAUUUUCACGGCCGAAUGCGUCCUCAAGAUGUUCGCUCUUCGAUGGUACUUCUUCAAAGAACCGUGGAACGUCUUCGACUUCGUCAUCGUCAUACUUUCCGUGUUGAGUGUGGCCAUCAGCGACGUCAUCAGCGAGAUUCUGGUAUCUCCCACCAUGCUGCGCGUUGUCCGCGUGGUGAAAAUAGGUCGGGUGUUGAGACUGGUGAAGGGAGCCAGGGGAAUUAGAACUCUGCUGUUCGCUCUGGCCAUGUCUCUACCCGCCCUCUUCAACAUCUGCUUGCUUCUCUUUCUGGUCAUGUUCAUAUACGCCAUCUUCGGAAUGUCUUUCUUCAUGAACGUCAAGCACAGAGACGGAGUGGACGAGAAUUUCAACUUCGAAACCUUCGGACAGUCCAUGAUCAUUCUCUUCCAAAUGUCGACGUCCGCCGGAUGGGACAGCAUCCUGGCGGCCAUCAUGGACGAGACCGACUGCACCCCGGACACCGUGAAGAUCCCCAACUGCACUUCUAGCUACGAUCCCGCGUGCGAGAUAGAGGGAGACUGUGGCAAGAAGACCAUCGCCGUUGCCUAUCUUGUCUCCUACCUGAUCAUCAGUUUUUUGAUCAUCAUCAACAUGUACAUCGCCGUCAUUUUGGAAAACUACAGUCAGGCCACGGAGGAAGUGCAGGAGGGCCUGACCGACGACGACUACGACAUGUACUACGACAUCUGGCAGAAAUUCGACCCCGAGGGAACCCAGUUCAUCAAAUACGAAGUUCUAACGGACUUCAUCGACACGCUGGAGGAACCUCUGCAAAUUCCCAAACCCAACAAGUACAAAAUCAUAAGCAUGGAUAUUUGUAUCUGCGAGGGAGACCUGGUGUUUUGCGUGGACAUUCUGGACGCGCUGACCAAAGACUUUUUCUGCAAGAAGGGCAUCAGCGUAGACGAGAGCGAAAUCGCCGAAGUGGCGCCGACUAAGGAGAGGGGAGGACUGCAGCCCAUCAGCAGCACGCUGAACAGGCAGAGGGAAGAGUACGCCGCUCGCGUCAUCCAGCAGGCGUGGAAGCAGUACCGAGGCAGGUCUUCGGAAGAACCUCGGCAGCGGCAGCAGACGGCCAUUUUGGUGGAGAGCGACGGACACGUGACCAAAAACGGACACAAAGUGGUCAUCCACUCCAGGUCGCCCAGCGUCACCAGUCGUUCGACGGACGUGUGAAGGUUGGCCACCGGUCUCUGCACAAAAGGUAGCGGUUACUUAGGGAAGAAAAGCCAGGGCUCGGAGCAAAUAUUUUUCUAUCCAUUUCGUGAAAGUGCGCUAGCUCCGUCGACUGCGACUCGUCUCGUUCAUUUACACCACAGACUUUUCAUUAUUUUUCUAACAGAAGGCGGUCCGACGCGUCGGGCGACGCGCGCGAACGGAAUAUGCAAAACGCUAAGAGAGAGGGAAACGACGGGAUGCGCGGGAGAAUUCUCGCCGUCGGUAGGGAUCGGGCACGGGUCCGGCACCGCCCACUUCUCGUCGCUUCCAUCCGGUCACGGGCCGCCAAUCGAUUCGUCUCCCACCCCGGCGCGUUCGACGGUGGCGGAAGGGCGCCGACGGAAGCGGUCCGACCCUUCCGCACGCCGGACCGAACCCUUUCCGCUCCUCUCUCACUCUCACUUCUCACUCUCUGUUUCUGUCUCUGUCUCUGUCUCUCUCUCUCUCUCUCGGUUAGGCCGCCGGAAGGGCGUCCGGCCCCCCGGGUGACGGGGCGGCACCGGCACCCGUCCGUUCUACAGCGCCGCCGGCGGAGCUCAAAGUCGUGCAUUCCCACAAUUCUCUCAAGUGCUACAUCACUAUGCAUAAAAGAGCGUCGCCCGCGCCUCUCCGGCGCCCCACACGGGCGCGUUGCGCUCGCGCGCGCCGUUUUCGACGCGGAGCGGCCGUCGCGCACCACCGGCUGAUUCGUUCCUUUAUUUGACGCCUUUUUAGCCCGUAAUUACUUGUGUGAGAUGUUUUCGAGUUGACAGUUUGUAUAAUAUAACCCUGUAAAUAUACCGUCGAAUAAUUUUCGAUAAUUUGUAACGAUGAAUAAACGUUCGGCCAAAACGAGUCGUAACCGUUGUGUGUAUAUUUGACGUGUUCUACCACAGUGCCUGUACCGCGGCCGCGGCGGGAUCCGGCCGCCGCGCGCGCGGAGGGCGGUCGACCUCGUCCGUCGCCCGGCCUCGCGCCUGGCUCCGACGCGCGCGAGUCGACCGAGGACCGAGAGAGAGACGGGCGCGCGGAGUCUUUCGCCAUUUUACGCUAUCUGCGAAUUCGACUUUAAAACUUGUUUGUGUCGUGGAAAAAUAUCGACUGGAAGAUGGAUUUAAAAGUUAAUCGAAGUUUUAUAUAUUCUAAGAUUAUUGCUGUUAGCCAAUGAUUUGUAUUAAAAGUUUUUUUAAAAUCUGAACAAUUAAUAAACAUUACGUCGUAAUUAA